AUGAGACCAGACUUCGCAGUCGUACUAUUCACACUCAUCACAUCAACGGUCGCGUCAGCCGUCGAUGUACCCCGGCACAUCAAGCGCAUCGAGUCUGAACCCAGCGCCGAUGAGCACGAGCUUUACAAGCGUCGUGGCGGCGGUGGUGGUGGUGGACGCGGUGGUUCCAGCGGCGGAGGUUCAAAAGGAUCAUCUGGCAGUGGCAGCAGAGGUGGGAGCUCCCGUGGAAGCAGUGGAAGCGGCAGCAGUCGCGGAAGCAGUAGUAGCGGCAGUGGUUCAAGAGGCUCAUCAUAUCGUCCAGGUUCAUCAAGCAGCGGUGGCUCCGGCGGCGGCGGCGGUUCUCGCGGCGUCGGUCCUCAGCCCAGCUUCGCAGGCGGUCGAUACUACCCCGGUGGUUCAUCAAGACCUUACAGGUCCGGCGGCCGAAGUCCCGGAAGCAUUGCGCCCUACGCUCUAGGCGGUGCCGCUCUGGCAUUCUGGCCUGGCGUUUGGCUCUACGGUGCAUACAUGUAUCCUUACUCGCAUACCUACCAUUAUCACAACGAGACCAGCGAUGAGGACGAGGAGCGCGAUGUCCUCUGCGGAUGUUCGCGAUACGAGUACUGCGCAUGCGACGACAACAACAGUACCGAAUACUUCGACGAACUCAUCGGAAACGGAAGCUACGACGCACUUAACAAGUCCAUCGUCAAUGUCGCAGAGGUCAACGGCACAAUGACAAUCCUCAUCAACGGAACACUGCCCAACGACACUGCCCUCCCCGACGAGGAUGCAUCAGACAACGUAGCAGUAUCAGGACGAUUUAUUGCCGAGACAGCGGGUUGGUGGCCUGUAGCCUUCAUAGUCAUGGUGACAGUCUUUAUUACCUAG